CCAGCGGCCCUGGAGCCGGGCCCCGCGCGGCGGUGGCAGAAGGUGCUGUACGAGCGACAGCCCUUCCCCGAUAACUACGUGGACCAGCGGUUCCUGGAGGAGCUGCGGAAGAACGUGCACGCCCGGCAGUACCGCUACUGGGCCGUCGUCUUCCAGUCGGGAGCGGUGGUGCAGCAGCUGUGCAGCGUCUGCGUCUUCGUGCUCACCUGGUGGUACAUGGACGCCGGGCUGCUGAGCCCGCAGGGGCUCUUUGGGGCGGCCCUGGUGUCCUCGCUGCUCGGCUACGUCCUGUUCGACGCCGUGGACGGCGGGGCUGGGCGGUGGGAGAGCGGGCGGACGCGCUGGGCUGACCUCAAGAGCACGCUGGUGUUCGCCGCCUUCACCUACGGCUUCUCGCCCGUGCUGAAGACACUGACCGAGUCCAUCAGCACGGACACCAUCUACGCCAUGUCGGCCCUCAUGCUCCUGGGCCACCUCAUCUUCUUCGACUAUGGCGCCAACGCCGCCAUCGUGUCCAGCACGCUGUCCCUCAACAUGGCCAUCUUCGCCUCGGUGUGCCUGGCCUCGCGCCUUCCCCGUGCCCUCCACGCCUUCGUCAUGGUCACCUUUGCCAUGCAGAUCUUCGCCCUCUGGCCCAUGCUGCAGAAGAAGCUGAAGGCCCGGACGCCCCAGUGCUACGUGGGGGUGACGGUGCUGUUCGCGCUGGCGGCGCUGGCAGGACUGGCCACCAUCUCCAGCGUGGGUGCCGUGCUCUUCGCCUCGCUGCUGCUCACCAUCUCCUGCAUCUGCCCCUACUGCCUCAUCCGCCUCCAGCUGCUCAAGGACAACAUCCACGGGCCAUGGGAUGAGGCUGAAAUCAAGGAGGACCUCUCCAGGUUCCUCAUGUAGGCCUGGCCUGGAGGGACCCUCUGCUGUGAGCAGUACAAAGGUCCUUGCUGGGGGACAGCUGUGGGCAGGAGAACACCUGACCCAAUAAAGCCUCUCACACAGCAGCAAGGACCAUG